AUGACGAAGGCCCUUAACAAUGUUUGGUUCGGACACUACCGUGUUCGCGCCAGUGUGGCCAUUUUCGAUCGUCAUUAUACGGGGGAGGAGAAGUAUUCUGAGAAGAAAAAGGUUGACCUGUUGAAGGGAUCUUUUGAACUUUCUAAGAAGGACGGUUCCAAAGUUCCCGCGAAGCUUGUCUCUUCUGACGGGGGAAGGUGUGCAGAGGGCUCUGGUCAUCCGGAAUGUGUGCGGGUGGGGGAAGUUCUCGUCAAGCUUGGAGCUAGUAAGGAGCAGGGAGUUAGGAAAGCUGAUCAGAACAUCGGGGAGCUAUCUAAGGAUUCUGAGAAGGAGAUAGGGGGAAAGAUUCUCAUGCGAAAUUAUCGAACGAAGUCAGAUGAUAUUAAGUGGGUUAAAAAUGGGUUGGUAGGGACAGUGUUAAAUGGUGAAGCAAUCCCUCUGAUCCAGAACAGAAUAUCUGACGCAGGUUUUGGCGAUCUCGUUAUUAUCCCCAUGGGGGCUGACAAAGUUUUUGUUAGAAGCUCCGAGGGAGUAGAUGUUUUGCCAAUUGUGAAGGGAGCUAAAGAAUUUUUCAGUCUCGUUUUUUCAAACUGGGUACGUUGGGGAGAGGCUGUAAUGCCCUAUCGGAGAGGUGUGUGGGUUCGUUUGUAUGGUAUCCCGCUGCAUGCUUGGAAUGUUGACUUUUUCAAGCUUUGUGUUUUUGACUGUGGAAGUUUCCUACGUGCGGAUAGUUGUUCCGCUGAUAGUGACAGACUGGACUUCGCUCGGGUUCUUAUAGCCACGCCCGAUCUAGAGAUAAUUAAGAAGGUUGUGACUGUUUUGGUGGAUGGCACUCAGGUGGAGGUUGGCGAAGCUUGCCUUGAUCAAAGUGGGGCGGAGAAGGCGGGAAAGCCAGUUAUUAAUCUAUCUUGUGAGGGGGAAACUGCGAAUGAGGCCGAACGGAUCGUGGAUUCUUUUAGUCCGGUCAGUGAUCGUGCGGAGCCACCGGCUAUUACACAAGGAGAGUGUGAGGAUCGGGAUUUAAGAUCCAGUGUUGCUCCUUCUAUUCUCGACUCACAUGAGCGUUUUCUUAUUCAUAAAGAAGCCGAGGGUACUGGUCGCAGUGAUAGAUUGUUGUGUCGAAGCAAACGGGUUAUUUUUUCAUCAAGUGGGAAAGCGAAGAAGGGAGAUAAGCUAGCUGCGAGGAAGCAAAAGGUUAGGCAAUUUGACACUAGGAAAAGGAAAGGAGGAGGGUUGCUGCGUCAUCCGCUUCACAACAUCAAAAAAGUAGCUAGGCUGCCAAGCAAAGACCGUGGUGAGGUUCUCAAAAUCUUAAUAAAGCAUGUUCGGCGCCGUAGAGGAGGGGAUAACAUUAAUCGAUCUUGUUCUGUGAGUCGUCGAACGUCUUCCGUCGAGUCUUCGUCUUCGUCCUCUGUUAAUAAUGAGUGGCAGAAUUGGGUGGCUAUGCAAGGGAGUGAGCAGAUGGUAGUGGAUGAUGUUUGGGGGAUAGGAAAGGCUAUUGGUGUCAAGUUUAAGGGAGAUAAUGUGAACAUGUUUCGGGUUCUUUCUAGGGCGAACAAAGGAAAGAAAGAGCUUCCCGGCCCACAUCAUGAGGGGGGGAGUUCGGCAAGAUACGGUGUGCUAGAAUUGCGGGCUCUUGGUGUGUGUAGGGGGAGUGUGGCUCAUGAAGAUAGUAUCAUGGAAUAUUAG